AUGAGAAUCCUAACACACACCGAAGACAUUUGUGUUAAUGCGUUUGCCGGAGCUGGAAAAACUUUCCUUUUUAGGACGAUCCUUCAUGCUGUUCGAGGAAUGGGCCACGUUGCCAUUCCCGUUGCGUGGACAGGUAUUGCUGCUGUGCUGUUGACCGGUGGAAGAACUGUACACUCUACUUUCAAGUUGCCCGUUCCACUUCUGGAAAAUUCUUCGUGCCGUGUGAGACAAGAUAGCGCUGAAGGAAGGUACUUGAAGACUGCGAAACUUUUCAUAUGGGAUGAAUGCACCAUGACGCCUCAUUACGCUUUGGAAGCUGUCGACAGAUUGCUGAGAGACUUGACCGGACUGGAUGUUCCUUUUGGCGGUAAAACCUUAGUUUUAGGAGGUGACUGGAGACAAACAUUACCUGUUGUCGCACAUGGAAACCGAACUUCUGCGAUCGAGAGCUGCCUCAGGAACUCCUUUUUGUGGCCACAUUUCAAACAAUGCACGCUUUCCACCAAUAUGCGAUUGAAUCCGGAAGAACAAGAAUUUUCAGAAUGA